UUUCAAAUCCAACUGGCUGCGUGGUGUGUCCGCCUACUGCUCCCUGAUUUUACUCUCAGUCACUUCGAUUAGAUGACCGUUGCAUAAAGUGCGCCAAAGUCUUUGUUCAGUGUUAAUUAAACCAAUGGUAGUACUUAGAUUAUGAGCGAGGUGAGACGCAAAGAAAUGAGAGAUAAAAACCAAAAUAUCCAAGUUUUUGUCCGAAUUCGGCCUGUGAGCACACAAGAGAAGGUUGCUCGUUCACCCAUUGUGGUUGAAACUCCAGCUGGCAACAACAAGGAGGUGCAGGUUGUGGAAAAGAGUUCUUUGACAAAAUCAUUUGCUUUCGACAGGGUGUUUGGCACCACUUCGAAACAAGUCGAUGUCUACAAAGUUGUUGCUGCUCCCCUUGUGGAGGAAGUUUUGGCGGGUUACAACUGCACUGUUUUUGCCUAUGGACAGACAGGCACUGGAAAAACCUUCACCAUGGAGGGUGAGAGGCAUGACGAUUUGGCGUCUUCAUGGGAAAAUGAUCCCUUUUCUGGCAUCAUUCCCAGAACAUUGUCCCAUUUGUUUGAUGAAUUGAGGAUUCAAGAAGUUGAGUGCACUGUUCGUGUUUCAUUUAUUGAAAUUUACAAUGAAGACAUCUAUGACUUGCUGUCAGGAACUGAUGACACUACAAAGCUUCGUUUGUAUGACGAUACCACAAAGAAAGGUUCAGUCAUUAUUCAAGGUAUGGAGGAAGUUACCGUUCACAACAAGAAUGAGGUCUACAGUAUUUUAGCCAAGGGCUCACUUAAGCGCCAGACAGCCGCCACGUUAAUGAAUGCACACUCGAGCCGCUCGCAUACCAUUUUCUCCAUCACUGUUCACAUCAAGGAGAACACGGACGACGGCGAAGAAUUGAUGAAGAUUGGUAAGCUGAACCUGGUCGACUUGGCCGGCAGUGAGAACAUUGGCCGUUCUGGAGCUGUUGAGCGUCGUGCCCGUGAAGCCGGCAACAUCAACCAAUCGUUGCUGACGCUCGGCCGUGUCAUCACGUCGCUGGUCGAACGUGCCCCGCACAUUCCCUACAGAGAAUCGAAACUGACGCGUUUGCUGCAAGACUCUUUGGGCGGUCGGACUAAAACGUCCAUCAUCGCCACAAUCUCACCGGCGGCCGCCAACUUGGAGGAGACUCUUUCAACGCUCGACUACGCCCAUCGGGCCAAGAACAUCACGAACCGUCCCGAGGUCAAUCAGAAACUCACGAAAAAGGCCCUACUCAAGGAGUACACGGAGGAGAUUGAGAGGCUGAGACGGGAUCUGCUGGCCGCCCGCGAGAAGAACGGCGUUUAUAUGGCGCAGGAGAAUUACGAGCAGAUUACGCGCGAGAUUGAAUUGCAGCGCAAGGAGAUUGUCGAGAAGCUGGAGCAGAUCAAGGCCAUGGAGGAGGAGCAGGCUCGUAAAGAAGAGUCUUGCCAGCAACUGCAGGGACUCUACGAGGAACAACAGGCCGUCCUGCACGCGACGGCCGAAGAGCUGAACAAUACCAAACACAGUUUGUCGAUGACGCGCUCCAAAUUGAAACAGACGCGACGCCAACGAGACGAAAAGGGUCACGUUGUCCUGCAUCAAACUCACACGGAACAGCAGCUCGGCUCUCAAGCGCGUGAGUUGCUCAAAGUAGCCGACGUUUCCACCGAUCACGUACGGAAACUCCAUUCGAAACUCGAUCGUAAACGGUCGGUCGAGAAGGAAAAUGAGCGAAUCAACCAAGAAUUCCGCCAGGGUUUCGCCCAAAACAUUGCCCGCAUGGAAGACAGCCUGGAGAAUUUCGUCAAGGACCACACGAAAUUCCUCAGUGACAUUUCCGGCAGUUAUGGAACGAUUAUGGCCAAACAGAGCCGAGAUCUGAGCGUUUUGAGCGAGUUGAUGUCGUCGCUGGUCAAGUCGCAGUCGACGUUCGCCGAGGGACUCCGCAAAUCGGCGACGGACAGCACGCACAGCACUCAGGAAUUCACAAAGUCCUUUUUGGGCACGACCAGGAGUCAGGUGAACGUCCAGGCCGGCAAUCAGCAUCAGUUCCUCGUCGACAAUUUCUUACCAAAGUUCCAGACGGUGUCGAAAUCGCUGCAAGAGCAAGGCCAGGCCGUCCAGCAGCUGCAGCGCUCCAUGACGGAGGAGCUGCAGCAACAGGCUGAAUUGGUCAACGUCUUGUUGACGGAGCAGAAAGACGGCAUGAACCGAUUGAGGCAAGUGGCCGUCCAGUGGGAUCAACAGACGGAAACUCAGUUGAGACGCAUCAACGAGCAGCAAACUCUGUCCAGCCAAUCUCUGAGCGAAUUUGACGCCGAGAGCAACAAGCAAAUGCAGAUGAUUAUCAACCUCGUCAAUUCUGUCCAGCAGACCCGCGAGAAUUUCAAGACGCGCAUCAACGACACGAGCGCCGAAGUGUCGAUGGCCGUCCAAAAGGCGCAGGAAGAGCGGAGCAAUUUCUACCACGUCGUCGAGACGACGGCCAACGAUUUCGUCACAAAAGGCAAAGAACUUCGCAGCCAACUGGAAACGGCCCGUUCGACGCUUCUCCAAACGGCGACGGCUUCAUUAGAAAAAGGCAUCGGUCGGAUGCAGGAGACGGCCAAGACAUGCGCCGUCAUCGAAGGCGAUGUGGCCAGUCACGUGACUGCGUCUCAGGCCGCCUGGCAGGAGCUGUACAGCGCCCAGGAGACGGACUUGCGCAAGCAUUCGGAUCACCUCAACAGCGCUUUGCUCAGCCACGCCCACUUGACGACGGAAUCGCUCCAGUCGCUCCACGUGGCCGCCCAGACUCAGGAAGCUCUGCUGGAAGAACAACGGGCCGAUAUGGUGACGACGGUCCGCGAAAGACAAGACGACGUCGAGGCGCACACGUCGUCCAUGAGCGAUUGGAGUUCGCUGCUCUCCACAGAAAUUCGCCAACGCAAUAGCGACGUUGUCAAAUUUAUUGUGGAAGAUAUGCGCCAAGACGUCCCCACCGGACAAACUCCUCAGCGAAGAGAAUUUGGAUUCCCGAGAUUCUUGGCGUCCACUUCGCCUCAUGAACGAAUCAUUGAAAGGUUCCACGAAGAGCGUGGACCGUACAAGACAGACGAUGAGGAUGAUGACGCUGCCGAGUUUUCGCAGCUGAGUCGACGUCACACUGCCGCCGACGCCAGCAAAACGGCCGCCGCGGUUACGACGGUGCAUCGCUCGGCCUCGAUGAACGAUUUGGCCCAGGCCGAUAAAUCUACGGCUCAAGGAUCUUCUGUUCCGCCAGGUGGCACGCGUUCGAGUGCGAGCGAGUCUAACGCGAAUGCGAGUCUGUUGCGCACCCUGUCGGUGGAAGGAUCGCUCAACACGAGCCCCAACGUCAGCAAAGAUAAUAAAGAAAAUUUCGCCGUUCCACAAGACCCUACCCCGGUCGUAACGGGAUCGAAAAAGCUCCAGAGACAGCAAUCCGGACAACAAUCCGGUCGUAAAAUCCUCAACGCCCAAAAUACCAAGAGUUCUUAAAAACAGCCAAAAUUUUAAACACGCAUUAAAAAAAAAGAAAAAAAAAAAAGGUAAUAAAAAUAAACAACAUCCGGGUGAUUCAUUUUUUGGCGGACAUGUGGCAUUUCGUUGCCCCUAUAAAAAAUAAUAUUACCAAUAAUUUUUUUUUUUUUAUUUGAAAAGAAAAAAAACUUCUCAUGUUUAAUUAGAACAUAUUCUGAAACAUCUUUCACAUACGGAAAAACGAACUAUCUCUUUUAUCUGUUUUUUUUUUCUUUUUUUUUUUUUUU